CAUUCAGUCGCUCACAACCCUCCCACCCGGUCCCGUUGAGGUCUGUGUAGCUCCUCCUCCGAGGAAGUGCCCUCUCCGGAGCAGUAGGCUACCACGGAUCUGCUGGCCGCCCCCCUCCCAAGGAAACACUGGCCAGAGGAGAGGCUCCGCCGCAUCGGCUCUACUUCUUCUCGGUGUUUAUUCGUCUGGUUUGGGUGAACUGCUGCCGCCAUGGCCGACGAAGGCAUGGAUGAACGGUCCCCGCUGCUCUCAGCACCGAACUCUGGGAAUGUCACACCGUCGGAACCGCCUUCGUACCUGCAGGACACGAGCCCGAGAGCUGAACUCCCUCCCCCCUACACAGCCAUCGCCAGUCCCGACCCAGGGGGGGUACCCGUCAUCAACUGCCGGGUGUGUCAGUCUCUCAUUAACCUGGAUGGCAAGCUUCAUCAGCACGUGGUGAAAUGUACUGUGUGCAACGAGGCCACGCCCAUCAAAAACCCACCGACUGGGAAGAAGUAUGUGCGCUGUCCCUGUAACUGUCUCCUCAUCUGCAAAGACUCAUCUAGGAGGAUAGGAUGCCCCAGACCCAACUGCAGACGCAUCAUCAACCUGAGCCCGGUGAUGGUGAUUCCAGAGGAGCAGCCGCCAGCCCUGCCAGUCCAGCCUGAGGGCACGAGGGUGGUCUGUGGCCACUGUGGAAACGCCUUCCUCGGUAACGAGGACUCUGCCACGGCCCCUCCUGAUCUCCAUGACAACAGCACCUCCACAGACCAGUGGAUGGAGCUCCGAUUUAACACACUAGCAAAAUGCCCUCACUGCAAAAAAAUAUCGUCUGUGGGUAGUGCUCUUCCAAGGAGGCGUUGUUGUGCCUACAUCACUGUGGGAAUGAUCUGCAUCUUUAUCGGAGUGGGAUUAACAGUGGGCACUCAGGACUUUGCCAGUCGUUACCAUGCCACCUAUGUGUCCUGGGCGUUCUCCUACCUCCUGGGUCUGAUCUGUCUGAUACGAGCUUGUUACUGGGGCGCCAUCAAAGUCAGCUAUCCAGAGAACAGCUUUUCCUAGACAGACAGAUCUGUAAAUCUUCCUUUAAGUUGUUCACUUUGUUGUUGUUUAGAUUCUGACAGCUCCAAGGUCAGUCCGGUCCGGUCACUCCUGGUCCUGGAGAAAACAGAAAUCCAGCCCGGGUUUUGCAAUUAACUCGAGAAAUCAGAUCAGUAAUUAAGACAUUAAUUGGUUCAAUAAAUCAUAAAGUGUGAUUUAAGUAAUUGAUAUUGAAAUGAAGAAACUUGACUUUGGUAAAUAUGAUGAUUACAAAGAAAGCCAGGUGGCUGGAUUCCAUUUCCUGGACCAUGGCCUGACUGGACUGGCUGGCUGACUGACUGGCUGACUGGCUGACUGACUGGCUGGCUGACUGACUGGCUGACUGACUGACUGGCUGACUGGCUGACUGACUGACUGACUGGCUGACUGGUUGGCUGGCUGACUGGCUGGCUGACUGACUGGCUGACUGGCUGGCUGACUGGCUGGCUGACUGACUGGCUGACUGGCUGGCUGACUGACUGGCUGACUGGCUGGUUGGCUGACUGACUGGCUGACUGGCUGGCUGACUGACUGACUGGCUGACUGGCUGGCUGACUGGUUGGCUGACUGGCUGGCUGACUGGCUGACUGGCUGGCUGACUGGCUGGCUGACUGACUGGCUGACUGACUGGUUGGCUGGCUGGCUGACUGACUGGCUGGCUGACUGGCUGGCUGGCUGACUGACUGACUGGUUGAUGGAUGGACAUGUUACACAUUUUACGUACUGCAUUUUGUUACCAACCAAAUGAAAAUAAUAACUUUUAUUAAGAAAAAUGUUGCCCAUUGCACUACAAUUAUAUGCAAUGAUUCUGUUCAGUUGCUGCUAGUUACCCCAGCUCCAAAAGCUGUCUCUCCUCUCUCUCUCUCUCUCUCCAUACUGUCUCUCUCUCUCCAUACUGUCUCUCCUCUCUCUCUCUCUCCAUACUGUCUCUCCUCUCUCUCUCCAUACUGUCUCCUCUCUCUCUCUCCAUACUGUCUCUCCUCUCUCUCUCUCUCUCCAUACUGUCUCUCCUCUCUCUCUCUCUCUCUCUCUCUCUCCAUACUGGCUCUCCUCUCUCUCUCUCUCUCUCUCCAUACUGUCUCUCCUCUCUCUCUCUCUCUCUCUCUCUCUCUCCAUACUGGCUCUCCUCUCUCUCUCUCUCUCUCUCUCUCUCUCUCUCCAUACUGUCUCUCCUCUCUCUCUCUCUCCAUACUG